AUAUAUGUCCUUGGCAUACCAAAAGAUAUCCUUAAAAUUCUCCCAGCCAUUCUCAUUCAUAACAUGUCUUCUGAAAUGAGAGAAAAAAACAUUCAUUUCCAUUGGGCAUUUCCAAGGCAUUGCAAUGAUGGCAAGAAUUCUUGGAAUUUUUGUCAUCACCUGCAUGAUAUAUCUGUUUACCCGGACAUCUUCUUCUCCCUUAGGAGACCUUCUUUUCAACCCAUUUUCUCCUCCCCAACGCGAGGGAGACGAUAAUGAAGGCGGACUACAAGUAGGGUUCUACGAUCAGACUUGCCCAAGGGCACAAGAAAUUGUCAAAGACGUCAUGUUUAAGGCAUUCCAGAAUGACUCUGGCCUCGCCGCCGCCAUGGUUCGCCUCCAAAGUCAUGACUGCCUUGUCAAUGGAUGUGACGGAUCUGUUCUGCUAGACCAGGUGGCCGGCGGAGGCCGGGUGGAGAAACAAGCUCCGGCGAACGGAAAGACCGUGCGGGGCUUCGAUCUGAUCGACAGUGCCAAGGAGGCGGUGGAGAGAGAAUGCCCCGGCGUCGUAUCGUGCGCCGACAUACUCACAUUCUUGUCCCGUGAUGCCCUCGUUUUGUCCGGGCUGCCCGAGUUUGACGCCCCCGGCGGGCGGCGCGACGGCAGGGUGUCCCGGGAAGAGGACGUCGUGAAAUCCAUCGCCUCCCCUAACAACACCGUGGAUCAGCUGGUGCGUCUAUUUGAGACCAAAGGGCUGGGUGUGGAGGAUAUGGUGGCGCUAUUGGGUGCUCAUUCCAUUGGCGUUGCUCAUUGCUCUAAUUUCAGGUAUAGGUUAAAGGAUCCAAAGAAAGAAAAAGAAGUGGAGGGGUCGAUGAAGGUGGUGAUGGGAUUCCAAUGUCUGAACAGGAGGCACACAGUCCCAAUGGAUAGCGUGACAAACUACCGAAUGGACUCCGUUUUCUACAGGCAGUUGCUGAAGAAGAAGGCGUUGCUGGAGUCCGAUCAAUUGUUGGCCUCCGAUUCGAGAACGCAACCACUGGUGGAGAAGUUCGCCGGCGACGAGGCCGAAUGGUUCCGCAAGUUCACGGAGUCUUUCAUCAAGAUGGGGCAGAUUCAAGUGCUCACGGGGGAUCAGGGAGAAAUCAGGAGGAAUUGUAGAUUUGUGAAUUGAAUUAGUUUCUCGCAUUUAUCGCUUUAAUUCCCUUUUUUAUUGUUUCUCCUGUUAUUAUUACGAGUAAAUUCCAUAAUUGGUC